AACAAAGACAAGGAAGAAAAUAUCAUAAGCACGCAUGACUGAAAAGGGUAGCUGAAGAUGGCGGUCGUUAUGUUGGUUAACUACCAUAAACCUCUGGCUAUAGCUGUUCAUCCCCAAUCCCAAAACCCUAGCUUCAAUUCCCGCAAAAUUUACCCCAUUCAAUACAAUUCUUGUACGGCUCGUCGUCGCCCAAUAAUCCAUGGAGCCAAUGGAGACUCGCAGUCCGACCCAAACAAUCCACAAGAUAAGGAAGUGGACAGUUUGGGGGUUAAAGCUGCACUAUCUCUACUCAAAUUCUACAGAAGGGAAAUCUCACCUCUGAUGUUGAAGAGUUGCCGUUAUGUACCAACCUGCAGUGAGUACUCGAUGCAAGCUUACAAGAAGUAUGGAUUUGCAAAAGGUUCCAUCUUGACUGCUUGGCGAAUCUGUCGUUGUAAUCCCCUUGGUGGGACUGGAUAUGAUCCUCCUCGAUGGUUCGACGAGCCAAGGUUGCCUGAAGAACUUGACGAGUGAGACAGAGAUUUUGGUGUAUACACAUCGGAAGACCGCAGAUUCUCCCAAAAUAUUAGAAAGUUUCGUACAUGGAAACCUGUGGUUGAUAGUCCAAGCGGAAUAACUUUCUUAGAACAACGCCCUUGGCGCAUCCAAGUGACACACCAAGAGAUGUAAAAUGAUGAGCUUACAUUGCACUAUGUUAUGGGUUUGCCUAACAAAAUGAUAAUAGUCACUGACAGUUGUUUAUCAUUCAUAUACUAAGUGAAGGAUUAAUUAAAUUUCCAUCAAAGUGGCAUUUUUGCAUUUGAUCCCAAAA